AUGGCGGCAGGGAAAGAUUCUAGCUGGGACGAUAUCAAGAACGAAGGCAUCAAUCUUGAGAAAAUACCGAUCGAGGAGGUCCUUACGCAGCUCAGAUGUACAAGGGAAGGACUCACCAGUGAGGAAGGCCAAACUCGUCUCGAAAUCUUCGGUCCUAACAAGCUCGAAGAGAAAAAGGAAAGCAAGGUUUUGAAGUUCUUAGGUUUUAUGUGGAACCCUCUCUCAUGGGUCAUGGAGUUGGCUGCUAUCAUGGCCAUCGCCUUGGCCAACGGAGGAGGAAGGCCACCGGAUUGGCAAGAUUUCGUGGGUAUCACGGUUCUUCUAGUCAUCAACUCUACCAUCAGUUUCAUUGAAGAAAACAACGCCGGAAAUGCUGCUGCCGCUUUGAUGGCCGGUCUAGCUCCCAAAACCAAGCUUCUGCGAGAUGGGAAAUGGAACGAGCAAGAGGCAGCUAUAUUGGUUCCCGGAGACAUCAUCAGCAUCAAAUUGGGUGACAUUAUUCCAGCAGACGGUCGUCUCUUGGACGGUGAUCCUCUCAAGGUUGAUCAAUCUGCUCUCACUGGUGAGUCUUUACCAGUAACCAAGAAUCCGGGCCAAGAAGUCUACUCAGGCUCCACCUGCAAGCAAGGAGAGAUAGAAGCUGUUGUGAUCGCUACGGGUGUUCAUACUUUCUUCGGCAAAGCUGCUCAUCUUGUAGACAGCACAAACCAAGAAGGCCAUUUCCAGAAAGUGUUGACUGCCAUUGGUAACUUCUGCAUCUGCUCGAUCGGGAUAGGUAUGAUCAUCGAGAUUGUUGUGAUGUAUCCUAUUCAGCACCGUGCGUAUAGAGAUGGAAUCGACAACCUUUUGGUACUUCUCAUUGGAGGAAUCCCUAUUGCAAUGCCGACUGUUUUGUCUGUCACCAUGGCCAUUGGAUCUCACCGUCUCUCUCAGCAAGGAGCAAUCACUAAGAGAAUGACAGCAAUUGAAGAAAUGGCUGGAAUGGAUGUUUUAUGUAGUGACAAGACUGGAACUCUUACACUCAACAAGCUUACGGUUGACAAGAGCAUGGUUGAGGUUUUUGUCAAAGACUUGGACAAGGAUCAGCUUCUUGUGAAUGCAGCAAGAGCCUCUAGAGUUGAAAACCAAGAUGCUAUUGAUGCUUGCAUUGUAGGAAUGCUUGGAGAUCCCAGAGAAGCAAGAGAGGGCAUCACUGAAGUCCAUUUCUUUCCGUUUAACCCCGUGGAUAAGCGCACUGCUAUCACUUACAUUGACGCUAAUGGAAACUGGCACCGUGUCAGCAAAGGCGCACCAGAGCAAAUCAUUGAGCUCUGUAACCUUCGGGAGGAUGCAAAGAAGAGAGCUCAUGACAUCAUUGACAAGUUUGCUGACAGAGGACUUCGUUCUCUUGCUGUUGGCAGACAGACUGUCUCUGAGAAAGACAAGAACAGCCCUGGAGAGCCAUGGCAGUUUCUUGGUCUCUUACCUCUCUUUGACCCUCCAAGACAUGACAGUGCAGAGACAAUCAGGCGUGCCCUUGAUCUCGGAGUUAAUGUCAAGAUGAUCACUGGUGACCAGCUCGCCAUUGGUAAGGAAACUGGUCGUAGGCUUGGUAUGGGUACCAACAUGUAUCCUUCUUCUGCUCUACUUGGGCAGGAGAAGGAUGAAUCGAUAUCUAGCCUUCCUGUUGAUGAACUCAUCGAGAUGGCUGAUGGAUUCGCCGGUGUCUUCCCUGAGCACAAGUAUGAGAUUGUUAAGAGGCUCCAGGAUAUGAAGCACAUUUGUGGCAUGACUGGUGAUGGGGUGAACGAUGCCCCGGCUCUCAAGAGAGCUGACAUUGGAAUAGCUGUCGCUGACGCGACUGAUGCAGCGAGAAAGCCAUCUUCCAGAGAAUGA